AUGCAAGUCAGCUACACGACACCUAUUGCAGGACCAUCCGAUAUCCAGGCUACCAAUAACAACACAACCAAGGAUGCACGACCUGGAUUGAAACAGAUCGAAUCGGCUUCUUGCAGCUGGACCAUCUCGCUUGGUACAGGUCCAGCAGGUCCUUGCACAGCUCAUGAGUCCGCACUCCGCAGUACCUUGCGAUCGCCUCCAUUGCACCAGACACCACCCGCGUUGCAUCCGAAACCUGAAUCAACUCCGCUCGCUACAUCAGCCCUCACACGGCCUGAUGAGCAGCGACCUGUGCAUGGCUACCUGGCUGAUGCGUCACAGCCGGCUAAAACGAGAUCUGAACCGACGUGGCAUGGUGGGUUACUUGGUGCUUGUCAUGCGAGUGCCUGGCUACAAGCAGAGACAAAGGGUUCUUAUACGCAUUUAGCUGGAUAUUUGCUGGAUAUGCACGAUAAUGUGGAUGAGCAAGAGCGAGAGAUGUGGUCAAGGGAGCUGCUGCAACAGACUGAUACGAGGAAUCAACAGGCUUGUCUUUCAGCAUCACCCGUACCACCAGCACCAACACCAUACUGGCCAACACCCGCCCUGACCCCUGCCACACACGUAUUUCCUACAGGUCGUGGAAAGAAGCGGAAAGUAGAGGAUGCGAAAAGUUGGCCGUAUCCACCUGAUCGGUGUCGCUCGUCGGGCCAGCUUGAAUGGCAGAAUGCAAGGAUGGCAUCUUUGCGGUUGGCGAUGGAGGUGGAUUGUCGAGGAAGCGUGAGUGGCGCACCUGGUGCUGCUCUUGGAUUAUAUGCGUCGCCGCAGUUUGAUGAAUGA